UAUCCUUCCGUUUUAAGACGAAACCAUCGAGGGUUGGCCUGGCCUUAAUAAUCCGUCGAUUUUGGUGCUUUUGUACCUCGGUUAUGGCCUCGUUCUCAGUUACGGCAGAAGCCGCAUGAAGAGCGCACCGCCGUUUGGUCUCGGAGGCAUUUUGGUGUCCUACAACCUGAUUCAGAUCGCCAUGAACGCCUACAUCCUCGCCGAAGUCCUCGCCUGCGUUUCGACCGGGAUGUUCAGCCCAUUUUGCGGCCAGUCACAAAGGUUGGAACCUGCGAACACGAGGCUUGCGAGAGCGGUCUGGCUUUUUUAUCUCAACAAAAUGAUCGACCUGAUGGACACGGUGUUUUUCGUACUGCGAAAAAAAGACGAGCAGAUAACGUUCCUCCACGUCUAUCACCACCUGGCGAUGCUGAUGGCUUGGUACCUCGGGGCGCUCUACACACCCGGAGGACAAGCCUGGCCAAGCGUCGCCAUCAACGCUGGAAUACACGUCAUGAUGUACCUUUACUACCUGAUCUCGGCCUUUGGGUCAUCGUACCGAAAAUACUUAUGGUGGAAAAAGUAUUUGACGCAAAUUCAACUGGUACAGUUUAUCGUCGUUGGUUCCCAAGUCGCUUACCUUCUCUACAAAGGCUGCGCCAGACCGAGAUGGCUUGCCCAUAUUGCAUUUUUCUACAACCUUACCCUGAUCGUCCUGUUCCUGGGCUUCUACCGGAAGGCCUACGGCAAACUCGACGGUAAUCGCAUCAUGGACGCGAAUAAUUUGAAAGCUCGGGAAUCGGACGCCAGAUGGAUCGUUAGACAGGACGAAGGCAAAAAACGAUCGUGAUCGAGAAUUCAGGAACACAACGAUCGAGACAAGGUUUCGAGGUUUUGGGUUUUUACCCAGUUCGAUCACACGUCACGCAACCAAUGAUCAGUUGCGUCAUUAGGACCAAUUGGCGGUUGUUUAAAAUCGAUUGUGAGAGAAAAAAAAGG